AAAGAAGUGGGGUGAGGAGUAAACGCCGGUGCAUGGAGGUCUGAGAUCUAUCAUCAGCCACUUCAACGGGGUGUGUGGCCUGGGACGUGUCACAGCUCGUCUCUGGGUCUCAGUGUCCAGUCUACAUAUGGGAUGUUAGCUCCCCCACCAAAAAUUGAACCAGAGAUGAAGCUCACAACCCCUGCAUUGGAAGAAAAAGUCUUAACCACUGGACCACCAGGGGAGUCCCUGAAAGUUGGUUUUUGAAUGGAGAAAGAUGUGACCGAAAAUACAUAUCUCUUUAAUGCUGGCUACUUUGUCGGGGGAAGGAGAAAAAUGAUCCACUUUUUCAGACCGAAAUGCAGGGCGUUUCCCUCUUUGGCUGACACUGGACCCCUUGUCUACAUCUAGCUUGGCACAGAGGGACAGCCAGAGACUGAAAAGUGUGGCUGAGACCUACACAGCACCUCUGGACCUGAAGAUGGCCCUUAUCCAGACCAAUAAGGAUCUCAUUUCUAAAGGAAUAAAGGAAUUCAACGUCCUGCUGAAUCAGCAGGUCUUCACUGAUCCUGCCGUCUCUGAAGAAGCCAUGGUGACUGUGGUGAACGACUGGGUGAGCUUCUACAUCAACUAUUACAAGAAGCAGAUGUCGGGGGAGCAAGAGGAGCAGGACAAGGCUCUGCAGGAGUUCCGGCAAGAGCUCGAUACCCUGUCUGCUUCUUUCCUGGACAAAUACAGGGACUUCCUGAAGUCCUCAUGAGCACCCCCUCACACGCUGCCUUUCUCCUGACCCAGAGACCCAGGCUGCAAGUCUAAGAAAACACUUAAAUGCUGCCUCUGUGCUCUAGUCCUCGGGCUCUGCUCCUUCAUGGUGUUG